AUGUUGAUACUGGCUUAUAGAAGGAACAGCUGAAAAAGAACAACAAAGCCACGACGACGACGAAACAAACAACAACCAGGCGUCUAAAAUACACCCCAUACACCAGUGACACCAACCCCAGUGAGGACAUUGUGUGUCAUUAAAUCAGCUCUGAAAAGUGUCUCUAAGGAUAUUUCAAGAUGGGACGUAUCUUCUUGGACCACAUCGGUGGAACACGGCUCUUCUCUUGUGCCAACUGUGACACAAUCCUGACUAAUCGAUCGGAGCUGAUCUCCACACGAUUCACAGGAGCCACAGGCAGAGCUUUUCUCUUCAACAAGGUGGUCAACCUGCAGUACAGCGAGGUGCAGGACAGAGUCAUGCUCACCGGCAGGCACAUGGUUAGAGACGUCAGCUGCAAGAACUGUAACAGCAAACUGGGCUGGAUCUAUGAGUUUGCCACUGAGGACAGUCAGCGAUACAAAGAGGGACGUGUGAUUCUGGAGAGGGCGCUGGUCAGGGAAAGCGAGGGCUUUGAGGAGCACGUACCCUCCGAUAACUCCUGAGUCCGCCAUCUUGGAUUACUUUGUGUGGGGAAAGAUCACUCCUGUGUUCUCCUUUUGCUCUAAUUCCCCCCUCGCCUCUGCGCUGCACACCACCAAACUGCAGACUUAGUGGUCUUGAGAUGAGGUCUUAACCUCACCCUCCCCUCCCAUGCCCUCCUCUGUCUUUGGCCUUCGACCUUUGACCUCUCAAAGUUUGGUUAGCUGGAUCUGUUCUUGCUAAAUAGACCUGAAAUAUCCCCAAAACUACUGGGGACACAGUAAAGGAGUUGUUAUGGUCACACCGAGCUUUCAUCACUGCUGCACAAAGCAUGUUCACAUAUAUGACAGUUAUCAACAACACAUGCAUGACAAUAGACGAAUAUCACCUGCUUGUUUUUAUUUAGAAGCACUAAAACAGACGUUCAUCAACAUCCAUCCCACUCCACACAACAACCAGUUGUUUUCCACACAUUAUUGCUUGAGUGGGGUCUCUGUGUUGUGAACUGACUUUAUGUUCGUCUGUGGUGAGCACCUACUGCACAUAAGAUCACAGUAGUUGUCAUUUGUACAUCGGUUCCAUCUUUUUUCAGUAGUGUAUUAAAUGACAUAGUGUUUCAGAUCUCGUCUCAAUCAAACGCACAGAUUGAUGUCAUUUAAGUAUUUCUUCUGGAGUUCAGUGAUGAGUGGCUUUUAUUUGGAUUUUGCUCACGUGAUGUGCAGUUACUUUCACGAACAUGACCUUUCUGAAGUGUACACAAAGUGACUUAAGUUUCCCGUUGUUGCAGUGUGUUAAGUAUCACCUUUAUAAUCGACAAUCACACAGUUGAAUUGAUGCAAUUUUUUUUUUAUCAGUGUUAACAUUCAUCUACAUUUGCACCUGGAACAUUAGGGUCACAGUGAGGAUAAAAAAAAAAGAUAUUUCAUAAUACCAUGAGAAUAAAGCUGUAAUAUUUCAAGAAAUAAAGUCAUAGUUUUAUGAGGAAGAGGCUAAAUAUUUCAAGAGUUGCCAAAAUUCCCAGCUGACCCAAAGGCAGCCCCAGAUUCCAGCAGCUGCUGUUGGUUUUCAUACUGUUGUUUUAUGAUAUUUGAUACUUCAUGAUUUCUUAAAAUCUACUAAAGCCAGUUUUCUCAACUGGUGGGGAUUUGUUCCAAGUUGGUCAUCAGGUGUUUGUUUAAAAAGCUUUUAAAUAUUACUAUGUUAAUAUUACAAACACAGUAAAAAGAAACAAAGACUUAAGUCAGAACUGAAAUGUUAACCAAAACAUUAUUUUCACAUAAUAGUGUGUAUUCAGUUAGAAAAGUUGGCCUUGUGAACCUCACUUAUUUUGCGUGUUAACAUCAGUGUGCAGUUGUAAUUCUCAGUUAUUUAUUAGAAUAAUGAUCUCUGGGUGCUGUGAUGAAAACGUGAGGAUAUUUUGUCGGAAAAAGCUCAUAAUGACAUUACAUGUGUACAUGAGCUGAUGUUUGAAAACAUGUUCUGUAGGUUUAGUUCUAUAAAAGUGGUCUGUACUAGGGGGUAAAUGUAGGACCCCAAGCCAGACCACUGUGUGAAGACACUUCAUACAGAUAAAACAUCAGCUUUAUUCUUAGAAUAUUGUGACAUUUUCCCUCAAAAAAGAAAAAAGUUUUUCCUGAAUAUUUUGACAUUAUAUUCAUAAUUUUAGGACUUCAUUGAAAAGCCCUCAGUGUGACCUAAAGUCCAUGGUAUCAUUUACAACAUGUGCCGGUUGUGUUUAUGUCAUGGAGGGUGUAUGGUAUUUCCAAUGAAACAGAGAUAGACUGUAUCUGAUGGAGGCGUUUUGAGAAGAUAUGGGUCAUGCAAGGUUAAAAUUAGUCUCUGUUCUAAAGCAAAACAAACAACCAAGACUUGGAGACAAAGAAAUUCGAGCAGACAUUCAUUUUUUUCCAGUUUAAGCAGUAACAACCUAAAAACAGGAAUCUGCGACCUUUCAUCAGUUUUUACAUGAGUGACUGUGGAUCACAACGAAAAUCGUAUGUUUUAUAAGAAUAAAUUUACUAUGAGAAUAAAGCUGUAAUAUUUAGGGAAUCAAAUCUUGACAUGACAAUAAAGAUGCAUUUUUAUAAGGAAAUGGCUUAAUAUUACAAGAGGUGAAAAAUGACCUGCUGAACCAAUUGCAGCUAAUGUUUGUAUUCAGAAGUUUUUUCUUACUUUUUCUAUUGCUUACAUCAUUUCUUAAUUCAUAUUAAGAAAUGGAAUAUAUAAGAUUCCAAAUUUCCUCUUGUAAAAUGCUUUUUUUUUUUUUUAAAUAUUGGCACAAUUCUGUUAAUGUUUUUACCUUUUUCUUUAAAUAUUUCACUUAAUUCUCAUAUUAUCUUUUUUUCUUGAAAUAUUAUGACUUAAUUCUAAAAUUCUAAUUCUCCAUCACACAGGGUUCAUUAUUCUAAUUGGACUUUUUUCUUACAACCCAAAGCUAAGCAAGCUUUAGUGAACAAACACAAUGGAAAAAAAAAAAAAUACAUUUGAUGACAUUAGAUGUAUUCAAGCUGGAGUGUAUCACGGCUUCUGGUUUUAUGUCAUUUCAGAGUGUUUAUGGCUACAGGCGAUCGCAGCAUGGCUCAACAUUCCCACAUAGUGACAUGAAAUGUGUGAGUUUACCUGUACGAAGUCAGACCACAUGGUACACUUGUGAUUUUUUUUUUUUUUUAAAUUACAUAGAGAUGACUUUUGCAGCGAGGACACUGUUCAUCUCCUUUAGUCGGUGCAGUAAAUAUUCAGUGGCCAUGACAGGCUAUUAUCAUUUGUUGUUUUAGAGUUGUAUUAAUAAGCCUAUUGUUUUUAUUUGCUUUACUCUAUAUGGUUAUUUUAUCGACUGAUACAUUUAUCCAGUUGUAUAUUUUCUUGAUUGGAGGCUUGGAAAAAAAAAAGAAUUUUCUUGUAUGGCUGAAGCAAAAUCUUUUUGACGUAUUUUCUAAAUAAACAUGUAGUCUUGCUGGGUUCAA